AUGGUAAAAGAUAUGGAUUUAAAACCUAUUCAUCCGGGGGAAAUAUUAAAAAGUGAGUUUUUGGAGCCUUUACAUUUGAAAGAGGAAAGGUUAGCCCAAGAUAUUCAAGUCCAACCAGCAAUAGUUCACCAAUUAAUUCAAGGUCGAGAGAAGAUGACGGCAGAUUUGGCUUAUCGACUUUAUUUUUACUUUGGAGUUAGUGCUGAAUACUGGUUAAAUUUUCAAAAAAAUUAUGACUUGGCAACUUAUCAAGAAUUAGCGGAAAAGGAAAUUAGAAAGCAAAUUCAGCCUUAUCCAAGAGAGGAAAAGCAUUUAUAG